UGCGCCAGUCGUGUUCGGACGCUCAAGGAAAGCGCUGUAAUUGCUCGCGAGUUACUCCAGUGUGAAAGUACCCGGAUGUACUGUAGAAAGUAAAAGAUACCCGAUCUAUUGCAACACAAUGAUAUGGUAGUCGCGAAACUUGCAUCGGACAGUUCGGCUCUAGCGCUGACAGUGACUACAGUGGAAGUGACGCAGGGGUUUUGCUGACUAAGUAGUUCAGUGGCCAGGAGUUUUUGUGACUUGAAUAAAUUAAUGUGUGAUACCUCAAAAUGACCCCCGGUGUGGUCGACGACAGCGUGGCUCUAAGCAAUAACAAUGUCGUGCCUCUUCUCCCAAGGAACACUGUGUGUCUAGAGUUUCAAAAUAUAUCGUGUGCAGUGAAAACGUUCAACAUCGGUAAACUACGAAUCGAGAACCGACAAAUCCUGAACGGCGUGGAAGGAUGCUUCAAGCCAGGCGAGCUGACGGCCAUCAUGGGCCCGUCGGGCGCGGGGAAGACCACGCUCCUCAACAUCUUGGCCGGAUACUCUACAAAAGGCGCGGCGGGUCAGGUGGCAGUGAACGGCGUGAGCGCCGACGCGUCACAAUGCAACGGCCGCGGCGGCGCCCGCUACAUCCGACAGAACGACGACCUCCGCAUAUACCUCACCGUGCAAGAAUCCAUGUCUUUGGCAGCAGCACUCAAACUCGCUGACCUCAAGUCGCACGAGAGGAAGGAAAAAGUUUACGAGACGCUGGCCUUGUUGGGUCUAAGUGGGACAUCUCUGACGCUCUGUCGUGACUUAUCAGGCGGUCAGAGGAGGCGGCUGGCGGUGGCUCUGGAGCUCCUGUCUGACCCCUCUUUACUCUUCCUGGACGAGCCUACAACUGGCUUGGAUUCUUCGGCUUCGACCUCCCUGAUAUCAUUACUGAGUUCCCUGGCCAAGGGUGGGAGGACACUAGUGGCGACUGUCCACCAACCGUCAGCGCUGAUCUUCGAGAAAAUUGACACAGUCUACUGUCUGCAAGCCGGCCACACUCUGUACUCUGGAUCCCGUGAAAACCUUCUACCGGCACUGGCUACUGCUGGCUUACAUUGCCCACCUUAUCACAACCCAGCAGAUUUUUUGAUGGAAAUAGCCUCAGGAGAAUACAAAGUUGACUUGGGGAAAGUCGCAGUGAUUAUGCGGCAGUGUAACGUCGAGUCAUCCUCCACCUGGGAGAACAACACGACCAUCAUCUCCACUUUCACAAACCCCAUCAGUUUCGAAAUGAAGACAAAGGACAUGAAAAAUUGUAAGAAUAUGCAAAAAGUGGCGAAACAUAUUUAUAGACCGGCUGGAGUACUAUCACAAAUCGGCAUAUUAUUGUAUAGAAAUUAUUUGAUCACAACAAGAAAUUAUUCUCUAUUCCUGUACCGUCUGGUGGCACAUCUGAUCAUCGCUCUGAUAUUCGGCUACCUGUACCUGGGCGUGGGUAGCGAGGCCAGCAGCGUGCUGGGCAACUACGUCUACCUGUACGGGUCCAUGCUACUCGUCGUGUACACUGGGAAAAUGUCCGUCACCGUCACUUUUCCACUAGAAAUGGACAUAUUAAAGGGUGAAUACUACAAUCGCUGGUACAGCCUGGGGCCGUAUAUCGUCUCUAUUCUUGCCGUGGAACUGCCAUUCCAGGUGAUAUCGUGCGUGUCCUACGUGGUGCUAUCCUACUGGUUGACGGACAACCCUCUGGAGCCGACGCGGGCGACGUUGUUCCUCGCCACAAUAGUCGCCACGUCGCUGUGCGGACAGGCCUGGGGAUACUUCAUCGGGUCUACCACACCCACUAAGAUCGCAGUAUUCGUGGGUCCGGUGCUAGCUUGCCUGUUCUCUAUCUUCGGAUUCUGCCUGUCUCUACGGGAUACACCCAUAGAGUUCAAGUGGCUGCAUCACAUCUCCUACUUCAGAGCCGGGUUCCAUGUCGCUGUGCAUUCUGUCUACGGCUUCAAUAGAACUAGGAUGCACUGCUCUAAAGAAUACUGCCACUACAAAACGCCCAGCAAGUUCCUAAUCGAGAUGGACAUGGCGGACAUCGACGUCGGCAGCAAUAUGGCCAUCGUUCUCUCCACCACCGUCCUCAUGCAUGUCCUCACCUGCCUCAUCCUCUGGUACCGCCUCAACAAGAGAUGAACCAUCAACAGCAGAUGCUAACCGCCGGUUAAACCUCGGUUACGCUUAGAAUAACGACUGAUGUACUCGAUGUAUGUCUUAUGCUGCGUUUCCAUGCUUGCCAAGGCAUGACCAGCGUCCACAAGCACAAGCGUGGAAAGAGAGUAUCUGGCUUGGCUUGCGUGAGCUUGUAGACGCUUGUAUCCGAUCCGGUGUAGUGUCGGUUUUUGGACACAGAUCAAAGGGCGCUUGCUUGGAUGUACGUAAUACACUGACGGAUUCACAAGCAUGUAAUCGACUACCCUACCGAAUGGCAAGCGAGAUUUGUGGAUGCUUGUGCCUUGUGGAUGCUUGCCAAGCCUUGGCAAGCAUGGAAACGCAGCAUUAUAUUUGACGCAAACACAAAACUAGAAAUAUUAAAUCAUUCGGACUAUGCGAUGUAUGAAAUUAAUGAUUUGUAGUUUAAUUAUGGACAACGCUACUUGCGAUGUAUGAAAUUAUGACUUAUAGCUGGUACUUAUUAAUCUGAAUGAAAUAAAAGGUGCUUUGUGCUUAGUUAGUUGGUGUUGUAGUGAUGAUUGAGUAUUAAAUGGUAUUAGGACAAUUAUUAAUUGAUAUUAGAGCAUAAGUUUCAGUUAAGUGAUACCUCCGAGCAUCUGAACACAAUAUAAUUAUUUAACAUUUCUAGAAAAAAAUAUUUUAGUAUUUAAG